UGCUAUUUUGAAAUGCUUAUGUAAUUAACGUAAGAAUCAGCUUAUUUACGAAGGCAAGUAAUACAUAGAAACUUCAUGUGAUCUUUUUUUUUUUUUUUCCAUUUUUUUUCUUUUACAGACUAACAACUUUUAUUAGAAAAGUAAGCGCUGAAUUUGAACUUGACAAAUUAGGUGUUCUAAUUAAUCUGAUGAGACCAUUCUAGUCAAUCAUCUGAAAUAUAUGAGCAUCAUCAAAACCUCCAAAAACUAACCCAAACUCAUCACAAACUGCUCUGAUCAUCAUGGCUCUUUGGUAUCCUCGGCAACAUAUCUCAAAUUCGUUGAUUACCACUUUUUUGCUUCUGAAUUAUAUCCCAUAUUCAUCCUUUUCACUUGAAUUUGAUUAUCCAGUACUAGAUAAACAUAAUCGUACCUUAAUAACCCAAGGAAAUACUACAUAUUUGGGUUCAGAAAUCCAACUGACCAAAUUAAACAAAACAGACCAGAUUGGGCAUGUAAAGUAUUUUGAAGACUUUCAACUUUGGGACAAAGCCACUGGAAGAGUAUGGGAUUUCACUACCAGUUUCUCCUUUAUCAUCUAUUCGCCAUUUGAUCCUCGUGGAGAUGGUUUGGCCUUCUUCCUCGCACAGCCUCCAUUUGGAAUUCCAAGUACUACUGAUGGCAGCCGAAUGGGUUUGAUAGAGGCCAGUGUCUCCACCUCAAGUUCGCAUCCAUUUGUUGCGGUGGAGUUUGAUACCUUGCAAAAUUACUUCGACCCAAUAGAUGUUGGCGAGCAUGUAGGAGUCAACGUCAAGGACAUGAUUUCUACUGCCAAUGGAUUAUUCACUUCCAGACACAUUCUUCGUUCAUGGUCAUUCCAUUCUGGUGACUUCACAACAAGCACGACUUCUGAUUCACCAAAAAAAACAAGCACAAAUUCUAAGACAAGGUCGGUCAUUGGGAUAAGCGUAGGUGUUUGUGUUUUUGUUGGAGCUUUAGCUUUUAUUUCUUUUGGUAUAUGGAAGUGGAAGAAGAGUACCGAAGAGGAAGGUGAAGAUGAUGAUGAAUUGAGUAUUGAUCCGCUAAUGGACAAUGAUUUUGAGAGAAGCAGUGGAGCUAAAAGGUUUUCCUACGAUGAGUUAGUCGCAGCAACAAACAACUUUUCAGAGGAAGAGAAACUUGGACAAGGAGGCUUCGGUUGUGUUUAUAGAGGUUUUUUGAAAAACAUGAAUUCAUAUGUAGCCAUAAAGAAGAUAUCCACCAAAUCUAAACAGGGGAUACAGGAGUAUGCAUCCGAGGUGAAGAUCAUCACCCAACUGAGGCAUAGAAAUUUAGUGCAACUCAUCGGUUGGUGUCAUAGAAAGAAAGAUCUACUCCUCAUCUACGAGUUCAUGUCAAAUGGAAGUUUAAAUUUCCAUCUUUUCGGGGGUAAAAGCUUGUUGACUUGGGCGGCAAGGUAUAACAUAGCUCGAGGCUUGGCCUCAGCAUUGCUCUACCUGCACGAAGAGUGGGAACAAUGUGUGUUGCAUAGGGAUAUUAAAUCAAGUAAUGUGAUGUUGGAUUCGAAUUUCAAUGCUAAGCUGGGUGAUUUUGGGUUAGCUAGGCUGGUGGACCAUGAAAAGGGAUCACAAACCACAAUGGUGGCUGGGACUUUGGGCUAUUUGGCUCCUGAAUGUUUCAAAACCAGCAGGGCUAGGAGGGAAUCUGAUGUUUACAGCUUUGGUGUUGUGAUUUUGGAGAUAGCUUGUGGAAGAAAACCCUUCGAACCUGAGGUUGGAGAAAAUGAUCAUGAAAGUGGAUUAGUGGAGUGGGUAUGGAAGCUCUAUGGGAUGGAAAAGGUUUUGGAAGCGGCUGAUCCCAGACUUUGUGGGGAAUUUAAUGGGCAACAAAUGGAAAGAUUGAUGAUUGUUGGGCUCUGGUGUGCUCACCCGGAUUACAAUCUGAGAACUUCAAUUAAGCAAGCCAUUCAUGUACUUGAAUUUGAAGCUCCAUUGCCUGCUCUGCCAUUAGAGAUGCCAUUGCCGACUUACUUGCCUCCUCCAUUUCUACGUUUUUUGUACGGUAGCACUUCUGCUUCUGAGGAUGCCCAAACCAAGUCGCCAACCGUUGCUAGUCCCCAUACCAGUUCCUCACAAUCCACUUCAUCUUUUAGGCACUAGCCAAUCAAGUUGGUGUCUUGGUGUGGAAUUUAAUCCUUUUUCAUUCCAAAUAGUUUAGUUUGUACUCUUUAAUCUAUUUUCUGUGAAUAAGUUUUUUAUUAUCCAUUCAAUGCUAGCUUGUGGCCAUGCUAUGUCAACCGAAACAGAGCCAUGAGUUUUCGACCAAGAAAAGAACAGAGCCAUGGGUUCUCUGUUUUAUUUUAUUUUAUUAUUAUUAUUAUUUUAUGCUAGUUCUCUGUUUUGCAACCGUAUAAAAAGAAAUAAAAAAAUGAAAAGGAUGUAGUCACGUUUAGUUUGUU